AUGGCCACCGCUCAGGAUACCAUGAGCAAGACCACGGCGACAGCGCCUGUCAAGGUGGAAACGGCCACGGCCGAUGCUAAGAAGACGACGAUAAGAUAUCCCUUCUGGUUUGGAGGAAGUGCCAGUAGCAUGGCUGCUUGCGUUCGUCUUCAAAUGCGCACCGGCAAUGCGCCCAAGAACAUGGUCGGUACCUUCGUCCACAUCCUGCGCAACGAUGGCCCCCUCGGUCUUUACAGCGGCAUCUCAGCCUCCCUACUACGCCAGAUGACAUACUCAACUGUGCGCUUCGGAGUCUACGAGGAGGUCAAGACACGUCUCAUUCGCCGUAAUGAAGGCCGCGAUCCUUCUUUCAUGACUCUCGUUGCCCUCGCCGCUGGUUCUGGUUUCGUCGGUGGUAUCGCUGGAAACUUCGCCGAUGUUCUCAAUGUGCGCAUGCAGCACGAUGCUGCGCUUCCUCCUGCCGAGCGUCGAAACUACCGCCAUGCGUUUGACGGAAUGGUCCGUAUGGCUCGUGAAGAAGGGCCCAAGAGCAUGUUCCGCGGAUGGUUGCCCAACAGCGGUCGUGCUAUGUUUAUGACAGCCGGUCAACUUGCCAGUUACGAUGUUUCGAAGAGUCUGCUCCUCAAGUACACACCCAUGGAAGAUAAUCUCAAGACGCACUUCACUGCUUCGUUCAUUGCUGGUCUGGUAGCUGCUACAAUAACAAGCCCUAUCGACGUUAUCAAGACCAAUGUUAUGUCGUCAACGAACGACCACAACCUCCUUCAUUUGAUUCGCGAUAUUCACCGAAAGCACGGCGUGAUGUGGAUGUUCAAGGGCUGGGUUCCCAGUUUCCUCAGACUUGGACCGCAAACCAUCUGCACAUUUGUCUUCCUCGAGAUGCACCGCAAGGCGUACCGCAAGUUACAGGGCUUAGAUAAAAACAUAUAG